AUGUCGAGUCCGAAUCGGAACGGAAACCUGCCGGGUGGGGCUUUCAUAACAACCUUCAACGGCAAAAGGCCGAGGGCAGGAAACAACACGAAAUCGAACAAUCAACAACGCUCGACAACUACGUCCCAGUCGACGACCUCGACGCCACAAGCGAUACCUCCGCCGCAAACAAGCGCACCACCUCCGGUUACGACCGCCCCUGCUGCUCCGCCGCCACCGCCGCCAUCGUCGUCGACAACACAACCACCACCAGCAGCCGUUUUGACUACCACUUCAGCGAGUACGACGAGCUCCUCACCACCCCUUCCUGCCCUGCCCCUCCCAGUCACAACUCCCUCGUCAAUAACGCCGCUUGCUCCCGUGGUCUCUGACCCUCCUCCAGUAGCACCGACGACUUCUUUGCCGUCAAUCCCCCCAGCAACAAUUCCUACUUUCAACAACAUCCCCAUCAUUCCCGUACAGAGUGCACCACCUACUUUUGCCCAAUUACCCCUUCCUGCCUCCUCCUCUUCGUCUUCCUUAGUACCCGCCGUCCCUGUUGUGUUACCACCACCUGCUCCAGGAACAAGCCAGACUGAUGCAAACGCAGUCCCAACGCCACCUGCCGCUGAAACAUUGUCCGCAUCCUUGAGCGAUAUCAACCCGUCGCCUUCGCCCACGAGCAGCGCGGGACCAGGACCGGGAGUCGGUGCAAUUCCGCCCUCAACUCCUUUGAAUCCUGGCACAGCUGCAGGCGAAGCUAGUAAUGAUUCUCCUGCGUCCAGUGGGACUACCUCUGGGAACACCAAAUCUGGCGGUGUAGCUACCCCGGUUGUUAUCGCAUCAAGCGUUGCCGUGUUCCUUGGCUUGGUCGGCCUCCUUGUUUGGCUCUGGCGUAAGAGACUACUAAAGAGGCGCCGGAGCACCCUUCUCACACCUUUGUCAACAGAGCCUAGCUUCAGACCUGCUGAGAAGGCAUCAGGAUCUUUGGGCCCGACACCACGUUCGGCCAAGCUGAAGGCGGCGCUCGGAUACAACUUCCAACGGUUCCUGGGUCAGCUUGGAGCACUGGUUUCGCCCAACCGAGACAGCAGCCCGACUAGGGACCGUUCUCAGUUUAUGAAUCACAGUCGUAACAGCUCGUCGUUGUCAAACCACACGGGACCACGCGAUGUAGACCGGGUCAAGGACUGGUGGGAACGGUUGACGGCUGACAUGAAUUUCAACUGGCGACUCCGAGGCAACGGAAAUAUGGACAAUGACGCAUUUGUUCCGGCACGCGGCAUGAAGGAUCGGAAAGCCGCCACGGGUGGGCAGCCCGAUUUCUUGACGCUACUAGGCAUGGACGACAGGGAAGUCGAGAGGGAAGCUCAGCGAAGGCGUCUCAGUCGUGGCCAUGGCAGCGUCGGCUCUGCAGACCACUUCCUCGGGGGCCUUGGACUCAACUUCGACAACGCUGCGGCAAACCCAAAUCCCUUCUCCGAUGCCAAUGCAGUGCGUCACGAUUCGGUAAAGCCAGUAUCGCUCACGGUGGCCAACCCGGACAGCGAUCCCUUCUCUGAUGUCAACGCCAUUUCGGCACCGGCCGCAGCAGCCAAGCCGCCGUCGACGUACGUUGUAGACGUGCGCCGGUCCCGUGGAACAUCAUUUGGCGGUGGCACAACAAGGCCGCCCAGUGGCUCGACAUACGCGCCUCGUCUGGACUCCAUGUAUCGAGACUCGGGGCAAAGCGUGGAGAGUUUCGCCACGAGGCGGAACAAAUUCCGAUCUGAUCCGUUCGAUCUGGAGCGGCCCGAGCUAUUGGGUAGCCGUACGACGCAGACAAGCAGCAACUACAGCCAAGCCAGUAGCGGCGCGCCUCGGGUACCAGGCUCUGUCCAUACACGGGCUGACAGCUUCAGCUCCAAGUACAGCAGCGGAGUGAGCUUGGAUGGAUGGAGUGACCCAGGCCCAGAUGUUGGGCCUUCCAACGGAUUUAAUUAUCGCUACGAGACGGAGAGCCCAGUUGCAGGAUACCGCUCUGGAGAGCAGAGAAUGCCUGGUCGGAGGCCCAGCGGAGCAAGCCAGAACAGCGUCGGCAAGGCGCUAUGA